GCUUUGAGCCGUCCCACUCUCUCCAUGCUACUAUUGUCUACCAGGAGAGCGGGCUAUUUGCAAAAUAAAGGUGUCGCCUGCCUCGGCUUCAGCCUGAUACAUAUACACGUGAGCGGAGCUGGUUUGUAAAGCGGAGCAGCGGGGAGAGGAGCGGGCUUUAGCGGCUCGAUCAGCGGCAGUUCUCGCUCUGUUUUCUCCCUCACGGAGCCGCAGCUCCUCGGCGGUCGGAUGCUGGGAGUCUUCGCCGAGCAGGGAGCGUGCAGGGCCGGCAGAGAAAGGAGCAGGGACGCGGAAGGAAAGAAGGAAGGAGAGGGCAGCGGCAUUUUAAUACCAAAUCAGGACACAUGUUGAGCUAACGGCCCCUCCACCCCCUCCUCCUCCUCCUCUUCCCCUCCUCCUCCUCCCGAAUGCAUUUGUUGCUUCAAUCGCUUUCCCGUUUCUAAUUACUGCGCGUUCAGGAUCAAACCAGCGGAGCUCCUCUCCUGGCCUCUGCGGGCUGCGAGGAUCCCCUCACCGCUGCUGCUGCUGCUGCGAGGACCAUCAUGGAUCUCAGUAAGAUUGCUGUCAGCAUCAAUAAGGCCAUCAACACACAGGAGAUCGCUGUCAAAGAGAAACAUGCCAGGACCUGCAUCUUGGGGACCCAUCAUGAAAAAGGUGCCCACACAUUCUGGGCUGCCAUCAACCGGCUCCCUCUCUCCAGCAACGCGGUGCUCUGCUGGAAGUUCUGCCACGUCUUCCACAAGCUGCUGCGAGACGGACAUCCAAACGUGAUUAAGGACUCCAUGAGGAACAAGGCUGAUUUAACAGAUAUGAGCAGGAUGUGGGGUCACCUGAGCGAAGGCUACGGGAAGCUCUGCAGCAUCUACCUCAAACUGCUCAUCACCAAAAUGGAGUUUCACAUCAAAAACCCUCGCUUCCCCGGCAACCUGCAGAUGUCCAACAGGCAGCUUGACGAGGCGGGAGAGAACGACGUGAACAACUUCUUUCAGUUGACCGUAGAGAUGUUUGACUAUCUGGAGUGUGAGCUCAACCUCUUCCUCAGUGUAUUCAGCUCUCUUGACAUGUCCCGGUCGGUGUCGGUGACGGCAGCCGGUCAGUGUCGCCUGGCUCCCCUCAUCCAAGUCAUCCUGGACUCCAGCCACCUGUAUGACUACACCGUGAAGCUGCUGUUUAAGCUGCACUCUUGCCUUCCAGCAGACACUCUCCAGGGCCACAGAGAUCGCUUCCAGGAGCAGUUUAAAAAGUUAAAGAGUCUGUUCUAUCGCUCCAGUAACUUGCAGUAUUUCAAGAGGCUCAUUCAGAUCCCACAGUUGCCUGAGAACCCUCCCAACUUCCUGCGCGCGUCAGCCCUGUCGGAGCACAUCAGCCCCGUGGUCGUGAUCCCCGCUGAGUCGUCAUCCCCCGAGUCGGAGCACAUGGUGGAGACGGACGACCUGGUGGACACAGAUGUCCCCUCACUGCCGGUUGCCGUGGAGACAAAGUUUGACGACUUGUUUGGCACCUCGGCGUCCAGUGACCCGUUCAACUUCAACAGUCAGAACGGGAUGCGCAAAGACGACAAAGAUCGCCUGAUUGAACAGUUGACGAGGGAGAUCCAGGCGCUCAAAGACGAGCUGGAGUCUUUCAGAGUGGAGAGCGGACGGUUGUGUCAGGUGCUGAGGGGGCGUGUCAGCGAGCUGGAGGCGGAGCUAGCCGAGCAGAGCCACCUGAGGCUGCAGGCUAUGGGGGAGUGCGAGUUCCUAAAGGCCGAGCUGGACGACCUGAGGAGGGUCAGAGAGGACACGGAGAAGGAGCAGCGAAGCCUGACGGAGAUAGAGAAAAAAGCUCAGGCCAACGAACAACGCUACACCAAACUGAAGGAGAAGUACACAGAGCUGGUUCAGAGUCAUGCAGACCUGUUGAGGAAGAACGCAGAGGUGACCCGGCAGAUGACGGUGGCUCAGAUGGCACAGGAUGAGGUGGAGGUGGUGAGGAAAGAGAUGCAGGAGAAUGUGAAAGCAGCUCAGGAGUCUGCAGAAAGACAGGAGAGGGACCAGCUGGAGCAGCUCCAGGAGCUCCAGAGAGAGCUGGUGUCCAGACGCACGGAGCUGGACUCCCUGAAGACCACCAUGGUUUCUUCACAACAGUCGAGCGAGGUGCUCAGCACGCAGCUGACCGCCCUGCAGUCCGAGAAGGCCGAGCUGGUGCAGUCCCUGUCCAAGGUGGAGGUGGAGCUGGCGGCCCAGGGAGAGGAGCUAGAGCGGGUCCAGAGCUCCCUGGCGACAGAGCGGGAGAGCGGGGUGAAGACUGCGGAGGCCCUGCAGAAUCAGCUCAAUGAGAAGGAGAGCCGGGAGCAGGCGCUGGAGAGUCAGCUGGUCGCAGCUCGCUGGUCCAGCCUGCAGGGAGCUGUGGAGGAGGCGGAGAAGAUCAUCCAGGACUCGCUGGCUCAGAUUCAGGACCCGGCACACAUCAGCUGCACCAGCUCUGCAGAUUAUCUAGCAUCCAGAUGUCAGGCCUCUUUAGAUUGCAUGGAUCGACUCCAUUCAGCCAGCAAGGCCUUCACAGCAGACGACACAGAUGUAUCUGAGUUGCUGCGAGUGGUGACCCAGUGUGGCCACCUGGUGGGAGACACCAUCGUUCAGGGCAGUGCCACCUCCCACAUGGUGCAAGUGGAGCAGGCUGAUGCCCUGUCGGAGAGCGUGAAGACGUGUGGCUCCGAGGCUCUGGCUCUGCUGGGACAGAUGAAGCAGCGCGACAGCCUGGCUGCAGCCGACGGCAGCAGACUGAAGGCUGCUCUGGAGGCCCUCCUGGCCACCGCAGAGAAACUGCGUCCUCGGGGCUUGGAGCUGCAGCAGGGGGAGCUGGGAGAUCUCGUGGAGAAGGAGAUGGCCUCCACUUCUGCUGCUGUGGAGUCAGCUGCUGCUAGGAUAGAGGAAAUGCUCAACAAGUCUCGAGCAGUUGAUACAGGAAUCAAGAUGGAGGUCAACGAGAGGAUCUUGGCCUCGUGCACAGAACUGAUGCAGGCGAUCAAGGAGCUCGUUCUUUCUUCCAAACACCUGCAAAGGGACAUCGUGGAGGGCGGAAGGGGGGCAGCCUCCAUGAAGGAAUUUUAUGCCAAGAACUCCCGCUGGACCGAGGGUCUGAUCUCUGCCUCCAAAGCAGUGGGAUGGGGCGCCACAGUCAUGGUGGACGCUGCUGAUCUGGUGGUGCAGGGCAAAGGGAAGUUCGAGGAGUUGAUGGUGUGUUCACACGAAAUAGCUGCCAGCACUGCACAGCUGGUGGCUGCUUCCAAGGUGAAAGCAGACAAAGACAGCACCAACCUGCACCGUCUGCAGCACGCGUCCCGCGGCGUCACACAGGCCACCGCAGCCGUCGUGGCCUCCACCAAGUCUGGGAAGUCUCAGAUUGAAGAAAAAGACACGAUGGAUUUCUCCAGCAUGACACUCACACAGAUCAAACGACAGGAGAUGGAUGCACAGGUCCUGGUCCUGGAGCUGGAGACUCGUCUGCAGAAGGAGCGAGAGCGUCUCGGUGUUCUGAGGAAGAAGCAUUACGAGCUGGCCGGUGUAGCGGAGGGCUGGGGCGAGGUGGAGGAGGGCACAGGUUGAGACCAGUCACGUCCCGCCCCCUCGUCCCCUUCCUCGACCAUCAGACCGGCCUCUGUCUGCCUCUUUCUAUUUAUACACACUCUUCUCCCUCUCGUUCUCCAUUGUUUCCUUCUCUCGUUCCUGUUUGUUUGUUCUCUAAGCCAAAUGAAAAGGUGCUUCUUUGUAAAAAACUAAAAACAACUAAAAACUGCUUCUCCACCCAUGUCCGGAAGCUUCCAUUAAAGGACAGCACCAAGGGCUCAGCGGAGGAGGGGGACAUGGGAAGAAAUGUACUUCAGGAGUUGGGGGGUGGGGGGGAGAAAAGCCUACAGUGCAGCCCGACUUCACAGCCUCAUGUUCCCCCCUCCCCUCCCCAAGACAGAGGCGAGCAGUGAUUGAGCUGAUCGCCUCGGCCGAGUAUUUAUUGUCUUCUUUUUUAUUUCUUCUCCUCCCCCCCCCCCCUCCCCCGGUUUGUACUACCAAGGAGUCGCAGCAGAGGCGACACGAGCACAAGCGUCAACUCAAGACGUCCCAGGAUGCACUGCACAAGCUCUGGGGCAGAGAGAAGGGGCAGAUCGGUGACUGUGUGCGCCCCCCCCCCCCCUCCCCAGCCCCCAGAGCCAUGUCUCUGUGUAACAUAGAUGGCACACAUGCUAUCCUUUUUUCUCUUCCUCCCUCGUUCCUUCCCCGUUCUUUCCUCUCACACUGUGAGUUAUCACCUUGUUAAGUCCGUACCGCUUCGCGAGCAGGUUCAAUGGACUUUCUGCCUUUUCACCACCUCACCAUUGUGACGACCGUGACUGUUAACCUGAACGCACCCCUCCUUCAUUUUUUUUUUAGUUUUUUAGUUUCUUCAUAUUUUAGCAGACGCCUACCCGGAAACUCUUUUAAAACAAGAACAGGGAAAAGUAGCACACGUAACAGUCUUCUCCCUGUGACCUUCUCACACUGCAAACUACCUCAUGCUACAUCAUCAGAGGUCCGAGGCAGCAGCUGUGCAUCAUGGGGAGGUCAAAUCAUUUCCUCUUUCCCCAGUUUUUAGUCACGACCACAGAGAAUUUCAACACAAUUGGUUCUGGACUUUCUCCGGAGUUUGCCUUUGACACAUGAAAGAUGCAGCAGGAGAUGCUCUGUUCAGACGCGUCCACAACAACACAGAAAUCUCAAGAGGGGUGGGGGGGGUGCAGCAGGUAACUUAAACAUUCUGUUGCGGAGAUCUGCCUUGCCUCUAUGUCUUCUAUGUGUAUGGCACCGCUUUUUCAUCCUGAGAUAUUUGUAUCCCCCCUUUUUCCAUUUUUGCAUCUAUGGCGUGUUCGAAAUGUCAUCAACACUCCCACCCGGCUCGCGGUGAACCCUCCGGAGGACUUCCUGCUGUUUGGGUGGGCCCAUUGGAACAUUCUCUCCUAUUUUAACUAUAGGACAGAAACAGUGAAUGUCAAGAGCCUCUCACUCUGACAUUUGCAUUCUCACAUACUGCCCCUCCGGAGCUCUCGUGAAGGAGAGCAGUGGGAGGAAACCCUCUUUUUUUUGUAUAUAUAUAUAGAAAAAAAGCAACAACACUAGUCAUAAAGUUUUUAUUUCUUCCAGUCUGGCAGCGAAAGCAACGUUUUCAGAAUAAAUUGGAGACCUGUUCUUGGUGCAUAUUUUUAGUCAAGCGGAGCCACGACGACGCUGUCACAGCAGCCGCUGCGGCUCUGGAGGCGGAGCUGGGAUCCAGUCACUUAUAAUGAACUGGGAACAGCGUCGUCUCUUGACAGAUGGCGAGUAUCUGCCCCUCCUUGAGACGUCACGACCCCGCCAGCAGGACGGCCGUGCUCCCGGUGAGGAUGAUAAUCCUUUUAGGUUCUGCAGGAGACGGGAAUGUCCGCCCACUCGUAAAUCUGCAGGAAGGGGCAAAUGUAAAUCUUUUAAAGUUUGACUGUUUCAAAUCAGAGUUGAAUGUGAGACUUUUAUGAAUUUGAGGCCACCCUGCUGCGCAAGCCUUUAUUAAUGAAAUGUUAAAGAUCGACCUGCCUCUUCGAAAAACCUGCAGGACUGAUGGCAGGCUGCAGUUUUAUAAAUCCUUCACUAAGGGCCUGCGUUGGCAGCACCACAGUGGACCCUGAAAAAUGCAGUGCACAGACUGCAGUGUUUCAACUUCCUCAAGACCAAGUAGCUGUGUAUAUAAACUAUGAGCCUUUAACUGUUGGAAAUAAUCUCUGGAUUUCUUUUCACGGCAUCUCUUCAAAUAAAGAUUCAGUUUAAUUGAAUACAUGAUGGUGCCCAACAACACCACACAUUAACUAAUAUAAGUCUUUACUUCUGCCGUACCAGGUUUUUAUUUAACUGAAUUUCCUACUGAGACUGAUGAACUGACUUUCAGUGGACUGUGAGAAGACUGAUCAUGCCUUUGUGUAAAAACACCAUGAGAUGACCAGGCAUCCGUUUGAACCCGACCCCUUAUUUCUAUCUUUCUGUUGGAUAAUGAUUCUCUUGGACUCUUUGUCUUUCUCUGUGUCUUACCAUACGUAGCUCUGAAACGCUGCUUUAGCUGUGUAGCUCUAAAAAGUUGUGACACUGGGUAUUUCACAGACACUGGUCAAAUAGUAUCUGCAAAUAAUUCUUAAAAACACAGAAGAAAGGGUUUAAACAGCUUGGAAAACAGAUGGUUGAAUUACCCCCCCAAAAAUGUCAUGGCCCGACUGAUUUUUUUUUUUAAGUUGAAUCUUUAGAUGUCUUUAUCAAACGUAAAACCCAAAACUUUAUUAUAAAUAACCAUAAAUAAAGAGAACAUGUGAACAUUCAAACAUGCAAAACUAUUUUUUUUACAUAAAAUAUCUAUAAAUGCGCAUCUCUUCUACAUUGUUUAUUCUGUAAAAUCUAAGUUUGGAUAUCGGCAAAGACAAAUGUCAAUAUCAAUUUAUCAAUCAACUGAUAAAUUGGUCGGGCUCUAAUUCUUAUUAUUAGACAUUUUGAAGUAUUUUUCCCAUGUGACCCCCCCCGACCCCCCUCCCAUCUGCUGCCCCAACCUGUUUCAAACAAGCUCAAGUAUUGUUUGCAGUACUGCUAGCUCCAGGUCUUUGUAUGUAACAAUGAUUUUAGCUGUGUUCUGUCCUUUCUCCCACACACAAGCUAAACAGUAGCUAAUUUCAUCAGAUACAUCUGGAAUAUAAAACAAAUUAUAACACCACAGAAGAAGGAUUCCUCCGCUUCUGAUGGUGUCUUGGAAGAUGAAUGCACCUUGAGUGAUGUGUAGUUGUAUUUUUCUUGACCAGAUAUUCUUUAUUAACCUCCCUCUCUCUGUCUGUGUCCCCUCUCUUCUCUCGGGUCUGUGUCUGUAGUCCUACCAGGUCAGCCAGCCUUUUCAAACUGCCUCACACUGUAGUCAAAGAGAAAACAAAUACUCACAUAGCAACAGUGGAAUAUGUCUUUGUAUGAUAUACUAAAACUUUGUUGGUGGGUUUGUUUUUAUUUUUUCAGUUUUUGAAAAUAAAUAUUGCAACUCGUUAAUACGGA